AGUUUCUACCGCUGAUAAAUAAGUUUGCAGACGUCAAAAUGGAGGUCAUUGACAGAAGAGAGUCAGGACGAAUCAAAGAAGUCAAAAGAAUACUAGACUCAGCUACAAGGAGAAGAAGGCAGCAAAGACAACUAGAAGCUCUUGAAAAAGAUAAUACUCAUGAAGAUCCCCAUGGACACAUUAACGUGCUGCAGGCUAARGCUAGAAUACCAGCAUUUAAUGAUACCAUGGAAGAAAAAAAGAAAAAGAAGAAAACAAAAACUGGAGAGCAUUUCAAACAGAGGUUCAAAAGAACAUUCAACACUCUACUAGAGGAAGCACAACAAGAUGCAGAGGAGGGUGAACCUACAUAUGCUUCGGCAAAUGUUCCUCCUUCAAGAUUUCCUGAAAGGCAUUUUUGUGCAGUCUGUGGGUUUCCUUCUAAUUACACCUGUGUAUCUUGUGGUGCUCGCUAUUGCUGUGUUAAAUGUUUAGGAACACAUCAGGAUACAAGAUGUUUAAAAUGGACAGUGUGAAUAGAUCAAUGUUGUGGCAAUAAAAUUUAUUGCCACAACUAUUUAAUAGUUUUUGGCAGAACACACCAAGGUGCAAAAUACUCCCAAUGCUUUGUUCCUUCAGAUAGAAAUACAUUGUACUAUCAUUGUACCAUAUAGAAUUUGUAUUUAUGUCACAGCUACCAAGUGGAGGACUCUGGUGUUUUAUUUCUUUCCUCAUGCUGUUCAAGUUCAAUUUAUCAAGACUGAGUUGAAACAGAAACAUAAUCACAUCUACAUGUAAAUAUUGUAAACUGUCUUUAUUAAAUAAUAUUCAAAAACUCA